AGUGCCGCUGCUCGGCGCUGGAGUCGCCGUGCCGCCGCCGGCAUCAUGGUGUUCUACUUCACUAGCAGCAGCGUUAACUCAUCUGCUUACACUAUUUACAUGGGAAAGGAUAAAUAUGAAAAUGAAGAUCUGAUAAAGUAUGGCUGGCCUGAAGAUAUUUGGUUUCAUGUGGACAAACUCUCUUCGGCUCAUGUAUACCUUCGAUUACAUAAGGGGGAGAAAAUAGAAGACAUUCCAAAGGAAGUACUGAUGGACUGUGCCCAUCUUGUGAAGGCCAAUAGCAUUCAAGGCUGCAAGAUGAACAACGUCAAUGUGGUUUAUACCCCGUGGUCUAACCUGAAGAAAACGGCCGACAUGGAUGUGGGACAGAUAGGCUUUCACAGGCAGAAAGACGUGAAAAUUGUGACAGUAGAGAAGAAAGUGAAUGAGAUCCUGAACCGAUUGGAAAAGACCAAAAUGGAGCGGUUCCCAGACCUAGAGGCAGAGAAAGAAUGCAGAGACCGCGAAGAGAGGAAUGAGAAGAAAGCCCAGAUUCAGGAAAUGAAAAGGAAAGAAAAGGAAGAGAUGAAAAAGAAGAGGGAGAUGGAUGAGCUUAGGAGCUAUUCAUCACUAAUGAAAGUUGAGAAUAUGUCUUCAAAUCAGGACGGCAAUGAUUCAGAUGAAUUCAUGUGAAUGGAGAAAAGAACCUUUUAAAGAUGUGAAUUUAGGGACAGUUGCAGAAGUUUUGAUUUCAUCUGUGUCCUGAGUCAUAAACAACAACCAACCAAA